UUGUACGUGAAUCGGAGCUUCAUAACAUUGCUCCUGUCGACCUUCCACUUUUUGAUAACAAUCUUAACCGUUUAACCAUUUCACAACAUGCGCGCGGAUCCUCUGCAGCGCACCGCACGGUGCGGUGCACUAAGCACGCUGUCCAUCGCACGAUGGACGGUACCGCAGAGGAUCCCUUUCAACAUACCAAUCUGGGACCCUUCAACUUGACCAAUAAUUCAAUCAACGGUGUAAUCGAAACAAACGAACCAAAAUGGAAACAAACCCCCCAAAAUAAAACCCAUCCAUUUCUUGUGCUCUUCCAAUUAUUCUGGGUGACACCACCACCACCACCAUGACUCCGGCCACCCUGCUGUUCCUCUUCAUCUUCGUAUCCACAAACGCUUUGAACAUAAGCUCGUCAGACCUCCAACUUGGAUUCUACAACUCCACAUGCCCACAGGCUGAACAAAUCGUGCAUGAUGUUGUCCGCAACCGCCACAUCCUGGAUCCCGCCAUCGCCGCCGGCCUCAUUCGCCUCCAUUUCCAUGAUUGUUUCGUUCGUGGUUGUGAUGCAUCCAUCUUGCUAGAUGAAACGCCAUCCGGCGAGCCCGUCGAGAAGGAAUCGCCGGCCAACGGCUCCACGCUGCGUGGUAUCGAAGUCAUCGACAUCAUAAAAACCAUCAUCGAGAGCUUUUGCCCGGCGACCGUCUCCUGCGCCGACAUCCUCGCCUUCGCCGCUCGUGACGCCGCCGUCCUCGCCGGGCUCCAGCACUACUACCCGGUUCCUUCCGGCCGCCGCGACGGUACCAUCUCCCGUGCCAUCGAAACGCUCGACCUCCCGGGGCCGUUCGCCACCGUCGAGCAGCUCACGGAAAAAUUCGCCAAGAAAGGUUUCUCCCAGAGCGAGAUGGUCAUCCUCUCCGGUGCGCACUCCAUUGGAGGAGCUCACUGCCCUUCAUUCGACCGCCGGCUCUAUAACUACACGGCCGCCCUGCGACAAGACCCGAGCAUAGAGACGGUCCACGCCGAGUACCUCAAGACGAGGUGUCCGGUUCCGACGUCGACGACGACGGCGGAAGCUUCGGAGGCGCAGAAGGUAGAUUUUAUUCCGGCGGCGGAGACGUCGCUGGACGGAUCCUACUACGCGGAGCUGCAGAUGGGGAGGGGGUUGCUGGCGUCGGACCAGGUGCUGAUGACGGACAGAAGGACGAGGACGGUGGUCGAACGCAUGGCGGACGACCGAGGUAGAUGGGCGAGGAAGUUUGCCAAGGCGAUGGCCAAGAUGGGUUGGUGGAGGUGCUCGCAAGGGACCAGGGAGAGGUGAGGAGGGAUUGCCGGUUUGUUAACUGAGAGAAUUUUUGUCGUUAUGUAUGCUGGGGUUGGGGAUUCAACUAUUGUAACCAAGGGGGGUCGACGCACAAUUUGAGAUUUCUUUUCCCUUGAUGUUUGUG